AUGAGGAUCGUAGCGGCCUUUGCUACCGUUGUGGGGAAGCAGGCCAUCGUGCAGCAACAUGCACAGCCGAUCCGCGGUGCGUCAUCUGCGCCGCGCUCAGGUCGCCCGGCGAACCAUUGGGUGGGUGCUAAAUCUUGCACCCCACCCAAAAACAAAAAGGGGAAACGGCCAGCCACUCAGGCCCCAGGCCGAAGGAGCGUUCAGGAGGAGGGGAUGGAGACGGGCCACGAGCCCAGUCCCCCUCCUGGCGAUCAGGGAGAGAAUAAACAGGCUUCAAGAGACAACCGUUUCUUUCAAACCCCACCAUCGAUACAGUCCACUGCUCUCCCUGAGGAGCUGUCGCCAACAGUGUUGGACCUUCGAGCGCCGGAUCUGCUGACAGCGACCUACGGAUAUAAAAUGGUAGUCACAAGAGGCCAAGCGGAACGUGAUGAACAAGCGGCAGCGCUAGAUGAAAAAUCACCACAGUCACCGUCAAUGAAUAGGGUGGGCCCCCAGGAACAUCGGAGCCCCGGUGACACCGUACCCUCCACACGCCGCGGAUAUCAGGUUGAAAAUUGGACGGCCGGCGCCGAACAAUUCGCCGGGCCGUCAACCGCCACCGCAAUGAGGCAAGAAGUCACACAAUAUAGAAGAGGAACACCGACACCGUCCGUACAAUCUAUAAGAAGCGUGCAGGACGAGGCGAUGCAACUAGCUGACAUGGAUCCUAAAAUGGACAAUCGUACACGUCAGAAGCUAGCAAUGAACACUGCCGCCUCGAACAGAUAUUCAGCAGACCCAGGGGAACCAGAACAGAACGAACAUCGUGUCCAGGAGUGGUUGAAACAAAAUGGACCACCCACGGACAACAUACGAGGGGAGUCGGUAUUUAUAAGUACCAAACCGACUCGCCACGAGAACGGGGAACAAUUAAAAACCCCGAUCAAGACACAGAACAAUGAAGACCAGCAUCGACGAUCAUCAACACCGACGGACAUAAUGGAACGAGCCAUAGACAAGCUAACGAGCGCGGUAGAAUUUCUUAUGAAGUCCAGGCCACCACCACGACAAGCUACUGAUUUACCCAUAUUUACUGGGUCGCCGUGGGAAUGGCUUCAAUUCCGCGCAGCUAUGACGGAGACGACAGCACUGUAUCGCUUUACAGCAGUCGAAAACAUAGCGAGAUUGCGAAACAGUCUGCGGGGUGAAGCUAGAGAAAUGGUAGCACCGUUGCUGAAUGCCUCGACCCAUCCAGAUCGUAUUAUGGAAACGCUGGAACAAUGCUUCGGUCAUCCCGAAAUAAUAGCCGAUCGUGCUAUUGAAGACUUGAAGCGACUGCCACGACCAGGACUGUCCACUAGCGAAUUUAAUGCAUUCGCAGUUAAAGUACAAAACAUCGUAACAGUUCUGAGUCAAGUAAAAAAAGGUUAUCUGUUCAACCCGAUGCUGACCAGGGAAGUACUGGAGAAAAUGAGUCCCCAUCAACGAUCGAACUGGUAUAUAUUUGCAGAGAAAAAUGAGAAGCAGGAUAUACCAGACAUAAUUCAACUUUCAAACCAUCUUACGCAAGAGGCGAGAAGGGCUAUGAAAUAUGGAUAUUCGGCGCCUACAUACGUAAAAAAAGAAAUACCGCGACCACCCACGAUGCAUAGGCAGACAGCGAUAACGCCUAGGAAUAAGAGACAUGUUUUUACAGUUGAAACUGUAGAAAAUGAGACUAAGGUACACAUGAUUGUGUGCCCAGACUGCAGACGACAACACAAGUUAACAGUUUGUCUUGAAUUCACAACAAAAACAAUCAAUCAACGAUGGGACGUUGUUAAAAAUGGCAGUCUGUGUUUUAAAUGUCUCGUAAGUAAAAAUAAACGUCACAAUUGCGAAGCAAUAUCGUGCGGAGUCAGCACGUGUAAGCUUCGCUACCACCCGCUGCUGCACCAACACACAGGGCUCAGCGCAAACACCGGUGACAACGCUGAAGACAUCGACAACGAAGCGGUUACGACAACGACAGUUGACAAGAGUACCGACAUCAAAUUAAAAGUAUGUCCAGUCACUGUAAUUGGCCCGAAAGGAAAACAAAGAAUAUAUGCACUAUUCGAUGAGGGAUCUACAGUUACGCUAUUGGAUGAAAAAAUAGCAAAAGCAGUGGGGGCGAACGGACCGAUUCACCCACUAAACAUGCAUGGAAUAAACGCUGACCGAUGCGAAAUAAAUAGUCGAUCGGUACGGAUUAAGAUACAAGGACAGAGCCGACGCAAAUAUAAAAUAAAUGCAAGAACCGUCACAGAAAUGAAGCUCACUAGUCAGUCUAUACCUAAACGACUGUUAGAUUUAAAUCAUUUAAAGGAUUUAAAUCCGAAUAACCUAUGCUACGAUAAUGAGCGCCCACAGUUGUUAAUCGGAUCGGAUAACUGGCAGCUUAUCGUUACAAGAAAAUUAAAAAUGGGAAGGAGAAACGAGCCAGCCGCGUCAUUAACGCAGUUAGGCUGGGUACUGCACGGUACCACUCCCCGCGUAACGAUCAAAAGGGACUCGGCACGGGUGCUGCAUGUUACAACAGUAGCAGAAAAUAAACGGUUGCACGAGCACGUCGAGCAACACUUCGACACCGACACGUUGGCUAUAGAGAAAAAAUUGAAGAUAAAGUCGACGGAUCAACGAGCAAUUAAUUGUUUUGAGACAACCGCGCACCGUAAAGACGACGGUGCAGACGGAGUCAGCUUGCCGAGGUGUAAAGAUGACGUCACACUGCCAUCAAGUAAUAACAUGGCACUGAAACGACCGAAAACAGCUGACUAUCUCGCUCACAGCGAGGAAACGGUACCGGUGUAUUCAACAAACUGUAGUGAACGUAGCCUACCAGAUGUAAGGCGUUUUUCAAAUUACAACCGAGUGCUACGCGAUUAG